AUGCGAGACAGAGGGGAAACUGACCAAUCAAUCGUAGCGACCAAUCCGGCUCAUGUCAUCAUUGAACCUGUUCAUUACGAAUGGCUUCCAAACAUCCUUCCAACCACCUCAAUACCUUCCAACGACACCAUGGACCCUUAUAACAAGCAGAAAUCGCCUCUCAGGCCUCUCCUCGUCGCCGCCGCCGCCGUUUUCGGACUUCUUUUCGUUGCGUACAAGCUCUUCAACUCUGAGAGCCCAGCAGUUACAGUCAACAAGGCCAUCGUCAUCCUGAACGGAAAUUCCCCUGUCACCGGUACUGUAACUUUCGAGCAAACGUCGCCAGAUGGACCUGUGAAGGUAACCGGAGAAAUUCUCGGUCUUUCCCCAAACGCAUUACGAGGAUUCCAUGUCCAUCAAUCGGGUGACCUGAGCGGAGGAUGCAACACCGCUGGCGCACAUUUUAAUCCGUACGGAAAAACUCAUGGUGCGCCGGCAGACGCCAACAGACACGUUGGUGAUCUGGGCAACAUCGAGUCCAAUGGGUCUGGAGAGGCUAGCUUUGUCUUCACCGAUAAGCUCAUCUCUCUCAACGGGCCGAUCAGCAUCAUUGGGCGGUCUGUGGUUGUUCAUGCAGGCACAGACGACCUAGGCCGGGGAGAUAAUGAAGAAUCUCUGAGGACUGGCAACGCUGGAGCCAGAGCCGCCUGCGGUGUUAUAGGCCUCGCCUAA